AAAGUCUAGUUAAUACAUAUGUUGAAUGAGAAAUUGGCUCUUUUCACUCCUACUCUCCAAUAUUGUGAGUGUUUAUUUGCUAAUUUGGCUCUCGUGCGCUCGUUUCUUGCAGUGUAGAAUGAUUGGAAUCUCCGGAGGUUAUGCAACUGCCGUCAGCUGUGCGAAGGGAAAACAGCGUGACAAACGCAGUGACUUUUGAUUUUGUGGCUUUGUAAAACAUUCUCAAGCAAACAAGCGACUUUGUCCGGCCGCAGAAAUUGCAAUUUCCCCUGCUUCUUACCACUUCCGGAACACUUGCACGCACUGACACUCACCACAAGCGCCUCCAGAACGCUUCCUGGCUAAUCUCGACACGGAUUUAGAGGCUUCCCAUGUGAUAAGGCUCAGCAAGCGGCGCAAAAUGACAAUGAAAUUCAUGCGCUCAGUCGCUUUGGCUGCGUCCGGACGGCGGAAAGCUCUGCUCGUCAGUAUUCAAGCAGCGCGAACGCCGAGCAGAAGAUCAAUCAUGAACUCCCGCAUCACCUUCACGGAGGACUUCUUCUUUCGCCAGCUCUUCGAUCACCAGAGCAGCACGUACACGUACAUGCUGGCCGAUCUGGGCAGCAAGGAGGCCGUGCUGAUUGAUCCCGUGCUGGAGCAGGCGAAGCGUGACUCACACCUGAUCACUGAGCUCGGGCUCACGCUCAAGUAUGCGCUGAACACGCACAUGCACGCCGAUCACAUCACGGGCACGGGAUAUUUGAAGCAACUCGUGCCCGGCUGCGAGAGCGUGAUCUCGCGCGCCAGCGGCGCCAGGGCGGACAAGCACCUGGAGGACGGCGAGGAGGUGCAGUUCGGCAGGCACACGAUCAAGGCCGUGGCGACGCCGGGACACACGAACGGCUGCAUGACGUACAUUAUCAAAGAACAGGGAAUCGCUUUCACGGGUGACACACUUCUGAUAAGAGGCUGUGGCCGAACGGACUUUCAAGAGGGCGAUCCACGGACGCUCUAUCAGUCUGUGCACGAGAAUAUCUUCACGCUGCCCGACAAUUUCCGCCUCUUCCCGGCGCACGAUUACAGGGGCAACAUGGAGACGACGGUGUUCGAGGAGCGAAGCUUCAAUCCACGCCUCACGAAGGACAUCGAUACGUUUGUCAACAUCAUGGAGAACUUGAACCUGCCGUACCCCAAAAUGAUUGACAAGGCCGUGCCCGCGAACAAGCAGUGCGGCCUCUACGACAUCCCGCCGGAGAUUUAGGCGAGCCGCGUGACACUUGUGUGACGAUGGUGGGUGAACACAAAACUCGGGAGAAGAGUAGGCGCGCGGGGUGGAAAAACGCGUGGCUUUAUGAAAAUGUCGCAAGACUAUAAAUAGGUUAUAAAAACACCGCAGUGUAUUUUUCUGUGAAACUUUCUAUUAAAAUACAUACUUUUUGAGCAAAAAGCUCAUAUGGAGCUAGAAGGAGAUUCUUGGAAUAAAGAAUUUUCCUCUUUUCUCGCUCUCGCUUUAUCCAAACAGGCGGGAAUGUCGAGGAAAUUGAGUGGUGAAGCGGAAAGCACGCAGCUAAAUGGAAAAAUUCUUUUGGUCUUUCUAAUAUAUUUUGUGGAUUUCCGCGUCCCGAAGGCAAGUUAACAAUCGAGAGAGAGAGAGAGAAGGAAAGAAACUUUAAUAUUGUUGUUGACAAACGCCAAAGCGUUCUGAGGGUGGUCUUUUGCCGUCAUGUCAUAUAGUUUAAUCUGCAUAUCGAGGCUGUGACUCAUUCGCACUGUCGCGAAGACAACGAGGAAGAGAGCGAACAUCUCGCCAUGCGAGAUAGUCGCGUAUGCACAUAAAUUUCCACCCCACAAAUGG